CUCUUGCAUGCAACUCACUGCGAGGCAGAAGCGAGCGUGUCCUCCCCUCUUGAAGCUGCCAGCAUCUCCAGCCACCAAGGACCUGCUUUUCGCACCUCCAACACCCUCCUCCCUUCUUCCCUGUCACUCUCUCCCAGAGAGAGGAAAAGAAAAGAAGAGAGAGAAAGAUUCUGGAAUUUGAACCUCCCCGAAGAGGAAACAUACCCAGCAAACUCAGUUGAUUAAACAUCCAACAAACAAACGGAUCCCAAAUCUUCUGUUCAACUGGAAAGUCUUUCCGCAGGUCUUUUUCUGGAAUCCUGGGAAGCAGGUUAUGGGCAGGACUGCCUCUGGCCCACACCAUGAAGCCUGAGUCUGCUUCUGCUCUGCCCUGGGCCCUGCUCUGCCUGAGCACUCUGCUUCCAGCUGCCCUUCUCCCUGCAGCACCCUGCUGCUAGGGGGGUAGAACUUCAGGACUGGUAUUUGACCCAUUUCUACCUUUCACCUGGCUCACCUUACUGCUCACUCCUCCUCCAUCACGGUACCCCGGACCCCAGCCCUGUCCCUGGCCUCCCUGGCUGGGGUGUUUUGGGGUCCAACGGGAGGAGUGCACUGCUGAAGGCUUUCAUCUACCGGGCACCUUCUCCUCUUUGAAUCAAGGCCUCCAGAUCCACAUGGAUAACUGAGAUCUUUUCUUGGAGAAAGUCACUUGGCUCCUCACUCCAGGCCCUCACUGACCCACCUGAUUUUCCUCCUCUUCUGCUGCCCUGUCUUUUUCCUCUGCCUCUUUUGUGAAUUUCUUGCUUGUGUGCCCAUCUGGGGCUGUCCUCUUCACUUUCCUCCUUCCUCACCCUCUCAAUAGUUGUGCUUGCAACUUCUUCCUCCUGUGUGCUCUCUGUCCCCCCACCCAUCUCCUCUGCCCCUCUCCCUUCUCUGCAAAGAGGGGUCAUUUCCUGAGGGCUGUCUCCAGCUGUCUGAACCUUGAGGCUCAGUCCUGGCAGCCACAAUGAGUUUCACCAUGCACUCAGUGUUCUUCACCCUGAAGGUGAGCGUGCUGCUGGGGUCCCUGCUGGGGCUCUGCCUGGGCCUUGAAUUCAUGGGCCUCCCCAACCAGUGGGCCCGCUACCUCCGCUGGGAUGCCAGCACACGCAGUGACCUGAGCUUCCAGUUCAAGACCAACGUCUCCACAGGGCUGCUCCUCUACCUGGACGAUGGUGGCGUCUGCGACUUCCUCUGCCUCUCCCUGGUGGAUGGCCGCGUGCAGCUGCGCCUCAGCAUGGACUGUGCUGAGACCGCUGUGCUGUCCAACAAACAGGUGAAUGACAGCAGCUGGCACUUCCUCAUGGUGAGCCGGGACCACCUGCGUACACUGCUGGUGCUGGAUGGUGAGGGCCAGUCUGGGGAGCUACAGCCUCAGCGGCCCUACAUGGAUGUGGUCAGUGACUUGUUUCUGGGCGGAGUCCCUGCAGACAUACGACCUUCUGCCCUGACCCUAGAGGGAGUACAGACCAUGCCUGGAUUCAAGGGAUUAAUCCUGGAUCUCAAGUACGGCAACUCAGAGCCUCGGCUUCUGGGGAGCCAGGGUGUCCAGUUGGAUGCUGAGGGACCAUGUGGUGACCGUCCCUGUGAAAAUGGUGGGAUCUGCUUUCUCCUGGAUGGCCAUCCCACCUGUGACUGUUCUACUACUGGCUAUGGUGGCAAGCUCUGCUCAGAAGAUGUCAGUCAAGGUCCAGGCCUCUCCCACCUCAUGAUGAGUGAACAAGCUCGAGAGGAGAAUGUGGCCACUUUCCGAGGCUCAGAGUACCUGUGCUAUGACCUGUCUCAGAACCCAAUCCAGAGCAGCAGUGAUGAAAUCACGCUGUCCUUCAAGACCUGGCAGCGGAAUGGGCUCAUCCUGCACACGGGCAAGUCGGCUGACUACGUCAACCUGGCUCUGAAGGAUGGUGCGGUCUCCUUGGUCAUUAACCUGGGGUCCGGAGCCUUUGAGGCCAUUGUGGAGCCAGUGAAUGGAAAAUUCAAUGACAACGCCUGGCACGAUGUCAAAGUGACACGCAACCUCCGGCAGGUGACAAUCUCUGUGGAUGGCAUCCUGACCACGACAGGCUACACUCAAGAGGACUACACCAUGCUGGGCUCAGAUGACUUCUUCUACGUGGGAGGAAGCCCCAGUACUGCUGACUUGCCAGGUUCACCUGUCAGCAACAACUUCAUGGGCUGCCUUAAAGAGGUUGUUUAUAAAAAUAAUGACAUCCGUCUGGAGCUGUCUCGCUUGGCCCGGAUUGGGGAUACCAAGAUGAAAAUCUAUGGGGAAGUUGUAUUCAAGUGUGAGAAUGUGGCCACGCUGGACCCCAUCAACUUUGAGACUCCAGAGGCUUACAUAAGCUUGCCCAAGUGGAAUACCAAACGCAUGGGUUCCAUCUCCUUUGACUUUCGCACCACCGAGCCCAAUGGCCUGAUCCUCUUCACUCACGGCAAGCCUCAAGAGAGGAAGGAUGUUCGAAGCCAGAAGAACACCAAGGUGGACUUCUUUGCUGUGGAACUCCUGGAUGGCAACCUGUACCUGCUGCUUGACAUGGGCUCUGGCACCAUCAAAGUGAAAGCCACUCAAAAGAAAGCCAAUGAUGGGGAAUGGUACCACGUCGAUAUUCAGCGUGAUGGCAGAUCAGGUACCAUAUCAGUGAACAGCAGGCGCACGCCUUUUACCGCCAGUGGGGAGAGCGAGAUCCUGGAUCUGGAGGGCGACAUGUACCUGGGCGGGCUGCCGGAGAACCGGGCCGGCCUCAUCCUCCCCACCGAGCUCUGGACAGCCAUGCUCAACUACGGCUACGUGGGCUGCAUCCGAGACCUGUUCAUUGACGGGCGCAGCAAGAACAUCCGGCAGCUGGCAGAGAUGCAGAACGCGGCGGGCGUCAAGUCCUCCUGUUCCCGGAUGAGCGCUAAGCAGUGUGACAGCUACCCCUGCAAGAACAACGCGGUGUGCAAGGACGGCUGGAACCGCUUCAUCUGCGAUUGUACGGGCACCGGCUACUGGGGCAGAACCUGCGAAAGGGAGGCAUCCAUCCUGAGUUAUGACGGCAGCAUGUACAUGAAGAUCAUCAUGCCCAUGGUCAUGCACACCGAGGCAGAGGAUGUGUCCUUCCGUUUCAUGUCCCAGCGAGCUUAUGGGCUGCUGGUGGCUACCACCUCCAGGGACUCUGCCGACACCCUGCGUCUGGAGCUGGAUGGGGGACGAGUCAAGCUCAUGGUUAACCUAGACUGUAUCAGGAUAAACUGUAACUCCAGCAAAGGACCUGAGACCCUGUAUGCGGGGCAGAAGCUCAACGACAAUGAGUGGCACACCGUGCGGGUGGUGCGGAGAGGAAAGAGCCUUAAGUUAACAGUGGACGAUGAUGUGGCUGAGGGGACGAUGCUGGGAGAUCACACCCGCUUGGAAUUCCACAAUAUUGAAACUGGUAUCAUGACCGAGAAACGCUACAUCUCCGUUGUGCCCUCUAGUUUCAUCGGCCACUUGCAGAGCCUCAUGUUUAAUGGCCUGCUCUACAUCGACUUGUGCAAAAAUGGUGACAUUGACUACUGUGAACUGAAGGCACGUUUUGGACUGAGGAAUAUCAUCGCUGACCCUGUCACCUUCAAGACCAAGAGCAGCUACCUGAGCCUGGCCACCCUGCAGGCCUACACCUCCAUGCACCUCUUCUUCCAGUUCAAGACCACCUCAGCUGAUGGUUUUAUUCUCUUCAAUAGUGGUGAUGGCAAUGACUUCAUUGCAGUUGAGCUAGUCAAAGGGUAUAUCCACUAUGUGUUUGACCUUGGAAAUGGCCCCAACGUGAUCAAAGGCAACAGUGACCGCCCCCUGAAUGACAACCAGUGGCACAAUGUCGUUAUCACCCGGGACAACAGUAACACUCACAGCCUAAAAGUGGACACUAAGGUGGUCACUCAGGUUAUCAAUGGUGCCAAAAAUCUGGAUUUGAAAGGUGACCUCUACAUGGCAGGUCUGGCCCAAGGCAUGUACAGCAACCUCCCAAAGCUCGUGGCCUCCCGGGAUGGCUUCCAGGGCUGCCUGGCAUCCGUGGACUUGAACGGGCGCCUGCCAGACCUCAUCAAUGAUGCCCUCCACCGGAGCGGACAGAUCGAGCGCGGCUGUGAAGGACCAAGUACCACCUGCCAGGAAGACUCGUGUGCCAAUCAGGGGGUCUGCAUGCAGCAGUGGGAAGGCUUCACCUGUGACUGUUCCAUGACCUCCUAUUCUGGAAACCAGUGCAAUGAUCCUGGCGCUACCUACAUCUUUGGGAAGAGUGGAGGCCUCAUCCUCUACACUUGGCCGGCCAACGACAGACCCAGCACGCGCUCAGACCGCCUUGCUGUGGGCUUCAGCACCACUGUGAAGGAUGGCAUCUUGGUUCGCAUCGACAGUGCCCCAGGCCUCGGUGACUUCCUCCAGCUGCACAUAGAACAGGGGAAAAUUGGAGUUGUCUUCAACAUUGGCACAGUUGACAUCUCCAUCAAAGAAGAGAGAACUCCUGUAAAUGAUGGCAAAUACCACGUGGUACGCUUCACCAGGAAUGGUGGCAACGCCACGCUCCAGGUGGACAACUGGCCGGUGAAUGAGCAUUACCCCACAGGCAACACUGAUAAUGAACGCUUCCAAAUGGUAAAACAGAAAAUCCCCUUCAAAUAUAACCGGCCCGUAGAGGAGUGGCUGCAGGAAAAAGGCCGGCAGUUAACCAUCUUCAACACCCAGGCGCAAAUAGCCAUUGGUGGAAAGGACAAAGGACGCCUCUUCCAAGGCCAGCUCUCUGGGCUCUAUUAUGAUGGUUUGAAAGUACUGAACAUGGCGGCUGAGAACAACCCCAAUAUUAAAAUCAAUGGAAGUGUCCGGCUGGUGGGAGAAGUCCCAUCAAUUCUGGGAACAACACAGACAACUGCCAUGCCACCAGAAAUGUCCACAACUGUCAUGGAAACCACCACCACAAUGGCUACCACCACAACCCGCAAAAAUCGCUCAACAGCCAGCAUUCAGCCAACAUCAGAUGACCUUGUAUCAUCUGCUGAAUGUUCAAGCGAUGAUGAAGACUUUGUUGAAUGUGAACCGAGUACAGGAGGUGAAUUAGUUAUUCCUCUUCUUGUAGAAGACCCUUUAGCUACCCUUCCUAUUGCUACUCGUGCACCUUCCAUUACGCUCCCCCCUACCUUCCGCCCCCUCCUCACCAUUAUUGAGACCACCAAAGAUUCCCUGUCCAUGACCUCUGAGGCGGGGUUACCUUGCUUGUCGGACCAAGGCAGCGAAGGUUGUGAUGAUGAUGGCUUGGUGAUAUCUGGGUAUGGCUCAGGGGAAACCUUUGACUCUAACCUGCCCCCUACUGAUGAUGAAGAUUUUUACACCACCUUCUCCUUGGUAACAGAUAAGAGUCUUUCCACUUCAAUCUUCGAAGGUGGCUACAAAGCACAUGCGCCCAAGUGGGAAUCCAAGGACUUUAGACCUAACAAAGUCUCCGAAACUAGUAGGACUACUACCACAUCUUUGUCCCCUGAGCUGAUCCGCUUCACAGCUUCCUCCUCGUCUGGGAUGGUGCCCAAAUUGCCAGCUGGCAAAAUGAAUAACCGUGAUCUCAAACCCCAGCCUGAUCUAGUCUUGCUUCCGUUGCCCACUGCCUAUGAGCUAGACAGCACCAAACUGAAGAACCCACUAAUUACUUCCCCCAUGUUCCGUAAUGUGCCCACAGCAAACCCCACGGAGCCGGGAGUCAGACGGGUUCCGGGGGCCUCAGAGGUGAUCCGGGAGUCGAGCAGUACAACAGGGAUGGUCGUCGGCAUUGUGGCUGCUGCCGCCCUCUGCAUCUUGAUCCUCCUGUACGCCAUGUACAAGUACAGGAACAGGGACGAGGGGUCCUAUCAAGUGGACGAGACGCGGAACUACAUCAGCAACUCGGCCCAGAGCAACGGCACACUCCUCAAGGACAAGCAGCAGAGCUCCAAGAGCGGCCACAAGAAACAGAAAAACAAGGACAAGGAGUAUUAUGUGUAAAAAAAAAAAAAAAAAAAAAGGACACCAUUAACAAUACCUGAAGUGACAACACAGAAUUAUUUCUAUAUCAGCAUACGCAUUUUUGGAAAAGGAGAUUUCGCGGAUGUCAGAACUGUGCUAACGAUGAGAUGGGGUCUGUGCCAUGGCUACGGUGGGGAAAACCGUUCCCAAAAGGACACACACCGAGAUGUACCUACCUGUCCACAGUUCAGCCGUGGCUGCUCAGAUUCGGUCAUCGCCCGGAGACAAGUUCUUUCUGCCCUGCUGUAUCAUAAAGCACACACUUUGCGCUCCGGGGCAACAGGCAGCUCCCCGCAUCCGCGGGCUUGGGGGCUGCCUUCUCUUGAGGACCUUUCACCGAAGGUAGAAGACUUCACGGCUUACUUGUUCCAUAACUCCAAGUGAGUCUGUAACAAUGUUUGUGAAGCUUGACUGUAACAAUGUUUUUUUUCCCUUUAAUUAUGUAAAAAACAAAAAAAAGAAAAGAAAAGAAAAAAGUUAAAAACAAAAACAAACAAAAAAACACCCUUAUCUGGUUCUGGCCAGUGUAUGUAACUUUUCAAGAUCUGAGGGGAAAAAAAAUGGCUUUUGGGUUUUUGUUUAUUUUUUGAGAAUGACUGGACAUAUAUUAAAAAGAAGAAAAAAAACUCAGAAAACUAAAGUGAGAGAGACUAUUGCCAUAUGAACUCAAAAAGCUACCAUGGUGUUCACUCUACAUAUCAGGUUGUGGUGUUUUUAGAAUCUGUUGUUUGUUUCCUAUAUGAUGCUUUGCUGAACACAUAGCAAAAUCCUGUGAUGGAUGAGAAUAUUGAUUUGAAAAGCUGGUCCCUCAGGAUCGAAUUCCAGAAUUUGCUACCCAAACCCUGAACAGACCGGGUUAGGGCUGGUUUUAUCAGAGCUAUUGGGUUUACUCCACAAUAUUGUUCCUGUCCAUUAGCCCAGCCAAAUUGUGGUUAAAGGAGAAAGCCCCACAAGCGAAAAACAGAGCCUUUCCUAAUGAAAGGGAGAAGCAGGGGGGGUGGGCUGGAUCUGUGACUGAUUGAAAUGCAUGCAAAUGUAGAAGAAAAGACAAUACCAAAAGUCUGUUAACUAAUCAAAACAGACAAUAGGGGAGUUCACCUUGUGACGGAACCCACAAAAGGUCACACAAGCCAAUCUCGGCAUGAAGAGAGUGCAAAAUGCAUAGUUCUUCCCCGCCCCCAACACGACCAUGUUCUUCAUCCUGGUUUACUUUUCUAGCCUGACACGGAUAACUUUGUCCUUCCAUUUGCUCAUGUCUCCCUUCACCCAUCUUUUCUAAAACUAACUAAAUAAAUAAUAAAUGAAUAAAGCUGCUGUGACACACACACACACAAAAAGGAAUUUAAUAGUAUAAUAUAUAUAAAUAAAUAUAUAUACAGAUAUAUUUAUCAUGGUAUGUUUGAUGGGGUGACUGAAACAGGAAACCUGUUAAAGUCUUGAAGUGGAAUGAGAAUGUUGUUUUAAAAGAAAAUAAUGACAAAACAACAAAAAAGUAAACCUUAAAAUGUGAAGCAAGUGUGAGUUUUCGUUUUGUCACAGUUAACUGUGUCAAAGAGAAUUAAAAAUAAAUCUUCUCAGAUUUUGUUUACAUAUUUUACUACAUUUUUGCUGGUAUAAUUCCUUAGCCACCUAUGUACAUACUGCUUUAAGAACUGUUCUCUCCUUUCUUUUUGUGUAUUUCAGUUUGGUUGGUUUAUAUUCCAGUUGUCUUUCUUUCUUGUUUGAAAAGAGGAAACAAUGUACAGAAAAACAAUAAAUUGGUUGUGUGGCCAUAGCUAUCCAAGAAGCAAGAGAAAAGCAAGGCAAAUAUUCACAUAAAAAAUGAAAUAUGUCCGCUGGAGGGUCAGAUAUACACAAUUUCUUUUGUACAGAUGAAAAUCAAUCAGCGUUUAGAUGUAGAAAUCUACUCUUGCUGGUCUUUGUAAGCUGCAUGAAUAUUUGACUUUGAAACCAAUAUCUUAAUGACAUGGGCAAAAAGAGCAAUUGAAACAAUGGUAGCCUUUACUAAUGUGUACGGAAAGGAGUAUUCCUCAUUACCUGAUAUUUCAAUGUGUUAACAGUUUUGAAAUUUUUUGUUGUUAUUUAAAAAGACAGGAUUAUAAAAGAGAUGUCAAAGCACGAUUUUAGAUAACUUAAAUGGCCCGACCUAAAUGGAGUUGAUUAUAUCUCGAUGUCUUUAAAAGAUUGCUGUUCUUGGAGUCUUGAGGUCUUGUGAACUGAUUUUCUGCUUUCUUUCUUUACAUUUUUUAAAAAAUUUGAGUAAAAAUACAUUUGUUAUAUUCCUUUUAGUGUAAGUUCUAUUUGGACAGUUUUACGGGAACAUGUGCAUUCUGUAUGUGAGCUUCGAUCAUAUCCCUGUUGUUUUAUGAGCAGACUCUUAAGGAAUUCAUUUUAUGAUGUUGUG